AUGCAUUCCUUACUACCGAUGUUCUAUACCGAAGAAGACCAAAUAUGUACAAGUGUGCGCAUGCGCGCGUGUAAUCAGCUUGCAACGUCAAAGUGGUAUCGUGUUAACAGGGGUGAUAUAACACGCUCUCUCUCUCUCUCUCUCUUUCGCUCUCUCUCUCUCUCUCUCUCUCUCUCUCUCUCUCUCUCUCUCUCUCUCUCUCUCUCCCUCUCAAAGUCUGGAAAAAAAAAGCACACACAGCCAUAUCUUGUCCGUCAUUUUCGUUUUUUCUUCAUUUUUUUCCCAAAAUCACCGAAUUUUCUCUCUCUCUCUUUCUCUCUCUCACUCUCACGAACUCUCACUCUCUCUCAUUCUCUUCUCACUCCCCCUCUCUCCGAAAUAAAUGAGUUUCAUUUUUUAAGUUUCCUUCAUUUUUUUCCAAAAUCACCGACUUUUCUCUCUCUCUCACACAUUCUUUCUCUCAUUCUCUCUCUCGCUUUUCUUUCAUUUUUUUCAAAAUCACCGAUUAUUUUCUCUCUCUCUCACUCAAUCUCUCUCACUCAUUCUCUCUCACUCAUUCUCUCUCUCUCAUCCUAUCUACGAAAUGAGUUUCAUUUUUAA